UAACCUGAAACCAAACGGACCCAAACUGGGUCAGCUCAAAUGAAUAUGGUCCGCCCCUUCUUUCGUCAAUUGGUAUCGGUUCGACUAAAAGAAUACCCUUAAUCCGUUGACCCAUAAACCCGAUAUAGUGGAUAUUACUCUAUCGGAUCCAACCCAUUUUAUCUCACAACCCGCAUCCGGGUUAAGACUCUCUCUCUCUCUCUCUCUCUCUCUCUCUCUCUCUCUCUCUCUUCAGGGUCACCCGCAAUCCAGCCCCGAUUCGCCGGACCACCGAUCGGAUUCCCUGAGAUUAUACAAGGUCAUUUCAACAAUUGCGGUUUGCCUCAGGAGAUCUCUGUAGGGAAAAAUUAAUUCAGUCGUUGUCUUGUUCACUAAAAAGUGAUACGGUGCGUAUAUGCUGGUGCGUGUCUGUGCAUUGUUUAUUUAUAGUUCGGUGUUCAUUGGAUGAUAGUUUGGUUGAUUUCAUGCCUAUGUGAUGGAAAUAAUACCAGUUGAGUCUGCUAAGAAACCAAAGAGGUUGACAUCUAUUGUCUGGAAUCAUUUUGAAAGGGUUAGAAAGGCUGAAAUAUGUUAUGCUGUUUGUGUACAUUGUCACAAGAAGCUCAGUGGAUCAAGUAAUAGUGGGACCACCCAUCUGAGAAACCAUUUAAUGCGAUGUCUGAAACGAUCGAACUUUGAUGUAUCACAACUACUUUCAGCGAAGAGAAGGAAAAAAGAUAAUAUCGUUGGCAUAGAUAGUAUUAAUGGUGAUGAAGCACAGAGAAAAGAUGAUUAUAUUCAGCCAGGAAUUAUAAAGUUCGAUCAGGAUCCGAAAAAGGAUGAACUAGUUACCAUUGCAAGCGGAAAGUUUGAUCACGACCGUAGUCGUUAUGAUCUUGCUCGUAUGAUUAUAUUGCAUGGUUACCCGUUCACCAUGGUUGAUGAUGUUGGAUUCAAAGUUUUUGUGAAGAACCUUCAGCCAUCAUUUGAGGUUGUGCCAAAUAAUGAUGUUGAACAGUUUUGUAUGGAAAUUUAUAGGAAGGAAAAACAUCAAGUGUAUGAGAUGCUUAACAGUUUGCACAGCAGAAUUAACCUUUCUGUUGAAAUGUGGUCUUCUCCAGAAAACGUUGAGUACCUGUGUUUGACGGCACACUAUAUUGAUGAGGACUGGAAACUACAAAAGAAAAUUCUGAAUUUUGUCACACUUGAAUCUACUCAUACGGAGGACUUGCUUUCAGUAGUAGUUAUCAAAUGUCUGAUGGACUGGGACAUUGACAGUAAGUUGUUUGCCUUGACAUUUGAUGAUUGUUCCACCGAUGAUGACAUUGUUCUAAGAAUCAAAGACCGGAUCUCCCAAAACAGGCCUCUCUUGGUCCAUGGUCAGUUAUUUGAUAUUCGCUCUGCUGCACAUCUUCUAAAUUCAGUUGUGCAGGAUGUUUUAGAAGCAAUGAGGGAGGUGAUACAAAAUAUUCGAGGAAGUUUCAAACAUGUAAGAAGUUCACAAGUGACACAAGGGAAGUUCAAUGAAAUUGUUCAGCAAGUUGGAAUCAAUAGUCAGAGGAGAUUAGUUCUUGAUUUCCCAGUUCGAUGGAAGUCAACGUAUCUUAUGCUUGAAACAGCCUUGGAAUACAGGGGUGCAUUUUCUUUCCUGCAAGAGCAUGACCCUUUGUAUACAUCAGCUUUAACAGACACAGAAUGGGAAUGGACAAGGUUUGUUACAGUUUAUUUGAAACUUCUUGUUGAAAUCACCAAUGUCUUUUGUGGCAACAAAUGUCCAACUGCAAGUAUAUAUUUUCCUGAGAUUUGUGAUGUUCACAUCCAAUUAAUUGAAUGGUGCAAGAGCCCAGACGAAUUUCUUAGUUCUAUAGCAUUAAAGAUGAAAGCUAAGUUUGAUAAGUACUGGAGCAAGUGCAGUUUGGCUUUGGCAGUGGCAGCGAUCUUGGAUCCCCGAUUCAAAAUGAAGUUGGUGGAGUAUUACUACUCCCAAAUAUACGGUAGUACUGCUCUGGAUAGGAUUAAGGAAGUUUCCGAUGGCCUCAAGGAACUUUUUGAUGCUUAUUCAAUUUGCUCAACAAUGGUUGAUCAAGGUUCAGCUUUGCCUGGCAGCAGCUUACCGAGUACCAGCACUGAUUGUAGGGAUCGAUUGAAGGGAUUUGACAAAUUUCCACGAGACCUCUCAGAGCCAAAACAUGAUAUCAGACUUGGACAAGUAUCUAGAGGAACCAGUUUUUCCACGCAAUUGUGAUUUUAAGAUAUUAAAUUGGUGGAAGGUCCACACACCAAGGUACCCUAUUUUGUCGAUGAUGGCACGUGAUGUUCUCGGAACUCCUAUGUCAACUGUUGCACCAGAAUCAGCAUUCAACGCUGGCAGUAGACUGCUUGAUGAAUGUCGAAGCUCACUGAAUCCUGACAUUCGAGAGGCUUUGGUAUGCACACAAGAUUGGUUGCGGGUGGAAUUAAAAGAUGACAAUUCAUUGUCAAGCCAUUCUGCUAGACCAAUCCCUUCAGCCAGACUAAUUCUUGCUGAGUAGUUAAUUUUCCGAUGGUUGAUGGAUCAGCUAUUGGCCAAUCCGGUGCUGUUAAAAUGAUGUCAGCCACACCUAGAGCUGGUCUGUGUUGAACUAUAAGUAUUUGAGCUGAAAAGUUUUUAGAAUAAGUUUGUUUAAAUUGGUGUAUCCACUUGUGCAGAAUGAGGCAAAGUGUAAAUGUCUAGUUUUGUAAAAAGGCCAUGAGUGCCAUGUGUUAAGUGAUCCAUGAGAUUAGAAAGAUGUGUGUCUAGGAUGAAAUGUAGUGUAUGUGUGGUCCCAAGUGCUAGGCCAUCAGUUAUGUAAAAGCAUGUGCUUUGUGCUCUUUCAUUAACACAGAAAAUAUUCCUCUGCAAUUCGAUAGAGAGAAGAAGAAAACUAUUCAUCUUCCA